AUGGAUUCGCCACCUGCACAGGAGGUAACGGAAUUGCUGAAACAAUGGGAGGAACAACACGCAACACCGAAUUACGACCCUAUUCCUACAUUGACACGGAUAGCAGAAAUUAUAGAAGCAGAGACAGAGAAUUUUAUGAAGAAAGAUCCGGACCCGUUCGACGAGCGCCAUCCCUCCCGGACGGACCCAGAGUGCGCCCUUGGGCACGCUCUCAAGGUCAUGUUCAAGAAAGAUAACUUUAUGACUAAGCUAGUAAACGACUAUGUACGCGACACGUACUACUCUCGCCAAAAUAUAACCGGACGUGACGUCAACAAGCUCAACGUGGCCGCAUGUCGACUCACGCUUGAUCUCAUGCCCGGCUUGGAGAUGAGCGUCGUGUUCCAGGACAACGAAGCUCUGAUCCAUCGGUUAGUGAACUGGGCUACUAACUCCACUGAGCCGUUGCAGUGCUACGCAACUGGGCUGCUCGCUGCGGCGAUGGAGGUCCAAGAAAUAGCUACUAAUUUUAGAGAAUUAAAUGCAAUGCUAGUUCCAAUGAUGUUAAGGAGGCUACACAUAUUAAGAAAUAAAUCCGUAGAACAGAAUAACCAAAAUACAACGCCGCCCAACCAGACUAGAUACUUCGCUCGGUUCGAUAAGAAGAGAAACAAUGAUAUUAAGUGCAAUGGACCUACAGCAGAUAAGAAAGAUGAAGGCGGUGGGGGAGACAUGUUGGCCGAAGAAACCCCUCCACGCGCCAGUAAAGAUCCUGAAACUCCAGUAAAGAAUUAUAACCGAGUGGCGGGUAAUGCGAUAUCCCCACCGGAGCCGUGGGUUAUGAUGUCACCACCGCCGCGCCAUCACCACCACGAGACUUCCUCCAACUCUUCGUGGGCAGAGAUGGAAACGCACAUUAUUGGCAACAUACAGAUUCAUCCCCCGACGGAUGCAACAAAGCAGAUGCUCAUACUAAGAUAUUUAACCCCUAUGGGAGAAUACCAAGAGUUCCUGUCGCACGUGUUCGAGCAGAACGCGCUAGGCCUGAUCCUGGGCUAUCUGAACGUGCGCGAGUCCCGUGACUCGCGACUCGCCUUUGAGGCACUCAAGUACCUCGCCGCGCUCCUUUGCCACAAGAAGUUCAGCAUCGACUUCAUACAGAUGGGUGGCUUACAGAAAUUUCUAGAAGUCCCUCGACCUUCGGUGGCCGCGACUGGCGUGUCCAUCUGCUUGUACUACCUGGCGUAUUGCGAAGACGCUAUGGAGAGGGUCUGUCUGCUACCCAGAAGAAUGCUGGCUGAUCUGGUCAAGUACGCUCUAUGGCUUCUGGAAUGUUCGCACGACUCUGGCAGGUGUCAUGCGACCAUGUUCUUUGGACUCUCUUUCCAAUUCAGACUUAUUCUUGAAGAGUUCGACCAUCAGGACGGUCUUCGCAAGCUGUACAACGUGAUUUCAACUCUACCUAUUCUAAGUGCUGAUGAAGACGAGUCGAAAGUCUCUGAAGAUGAGACGUGCGCUGCACGACAGAUUGUCCGACACGUCUGUGUGGCGUUAAGGAGGUAUCUAGAAGCCCAUUUGAGGCUACGAGCCGCUCAAGUGGCCCGACAGCACGGCGACACCGUUCCCGAACCGCCGCCGUACAAGGCCUCAAAAUCAUCUCCAGAAGAGAUCCAAGAGCAAAUCGAGCUUCUCCAGAGCGUGGCGUGGUGUAGAUGGGCGCCCGUUGACGAGCUCGUAGAGUUGGGUGGAGUCUCUUUACUCCUCCAGGUCGUUGGUUAUGCCUACGAAUGGAAUUUUAACGGCAGAUCUGAAACAGUCCGUUCUGCCCUUGACGUGGUCUCCGUGUGUUGUGUCGCUCCUCGAGUCCAGCUGCUUUUAACCGAGAAGAUCGACAUGAGAGACGCAGACCUCACUACAGGAGUUAAUAUAGUUCUUGGGGCUGCGGACGGAGAGAUAGUCCCGGAGCCUGAGGUCCAGAAGGCUGCUCUGAAUGUGCUUGUCAAUUGUGUGUGUGCACCUGUUCACAGGGCGGGUUCAUCAACCACCAGGUUCUCCCUGACCGGUUCAACGAAGAAGAAAACUGCUUUGAAGUCUUAUGAGGACGUUAUACAGAAAGUGUGGGAGAGCGUUAGAACUAACAACGGUAUUAUGGUGCUGCUGUCGUUGAUGAUGGUGAAGUCCCCGAUCACGGACGCGGACCGGCUGCGCGGGCUGGCGUGCCGCGCGCUGGCUGGCCUGGCGCGCUGCCCCACCGUGCGACAGAUCAUCUCCAAGCUGCCGCUCUUCACCACCUCGCAGAUACAAGUGUUGAUGCGCGAUCCAAUCCUACAAGAGAAGAGACAGGAACACGUGAUGUUCCAGAAGUACGCCCUGGAACUGCUGGAACGUGUGUCGGGAAAGAGUAAACAUAUGGGAGCUGAGUUUGAAACAUCCCUUGCGAAUAUACACAGAGCGAACGUGGUGGCCCAGACGCGCAUCAACUACAACGAGCGGCAGCUGCUGCAGCUGGUGGCGGCGCACCUGGCGGCGCGCGGCCUGCAGCACAGCGCCAGCGCCCUGCGGCACGAGGCGCGCCUCCCCCCGCCCGCCGCCCCCGCGCCGCCCGCGCCCCCGCCGCCCGUCUACACGCCCUCCACGCCCACCAGGCCUCGAUUAUCGGUUUCUAGAGCCAGCGCCAGUGGUACCUUACUUCGUGAUAGUAUCGAUUUAAAUAGCUCACACAAUAUGCAGACGGAUGAGGCUAGCCCACUUCCACCGGUCAUCAAACUUAGAAAAGUCCAAAACCCACCUCUGACGCCGGUGUCGACGCCCAGCUCCGAGCACAAGCGCUCGCUGCAGAAGCAGCUAAGCGUGGCGGCUGGCGAGCCGGCCCCUCCCUCACACCACGUCACCCUGCACACCAUCAUCACUGAGUACCUGUACAACCAGCACGCGCUCUGCAAGAACCCUGUCGUUACAUGUCCGCAGUUCAAUUUGUUCGAGCCGCACAAGUGCCCCGAGCCGCGCGGCGGCGGGGGCGUGCUGAGCGCGCGCGCCGACGCCAACGUGUGCGCGCGCGUGGUGCGGCGCGAGCUGGGCGCGCCCGCCGCCGCGCGCCACCACGCGCGCCUCGCGCACGCGCACUUCGCGCCCGCGCGCACGCUCCGCCUGCAGGACGACGACGCAUACUUCACGCACACCAUCUUCCACCCGACGCAGCAGCAACUCCUGGCAGCGACAUCUACCGGCGAUAUAAAAAUAUUCAACCUGUUUAGCGGCACUGAAGAGAACUCGUAUCAAGUGCACGAAUCAUAUAUUUAUCAUAUGCAGGCGAGCAGAGACGGAAUGCUUCUACUGGCGUCCGCGACGACACCGUGGCGGCCUCUGUCGGCCUUGUGGAAUAUGAAGGAGUUUGAACUAUCAUUUCAACUAGACAACGAAGAAUACGUGGAAUUCUCCAAAAUGACAGACGAGAGAAUCAUCGGCACCAAAGGCGAAACGGCGACGAUAUUCGACACACGCACUGGAAGAGAACUCAUGACCCUCACCCCCUCCAUCAGCAACCAAUACGCGAAGAACAGAGCUGUUUUCAACCCCACAGACGAAUUGGUGCUGUCAGACGGUGUACUAUGGGACGUGAACACAGGCAAAGAAAUUCACAAGUUCGAUAAACUUAAUCAAACACACAGCGGAGUUUUUCAUCCAAACGGUUUAGAAGUAAUAUCAAACACAGAAGUGUGGGAUUUAAGAACUUUCCAUUUAUUGAGAACAGUUCCAACGUUAGAUGAAUCAGAGGUUAUAUUUAGCCCGACGUGUUCAGCGAUAUAUGCGGUGUGCUCCGACCAGGACUCCGAGGAGAGGAGUCAGUUCGACACCAGCUUUAAGACAUUAGACCCUUACGAUUAUUCUAGUAUAGCCACGAUAGACGUUAAGAGAAAUAUAUACGCUCUGAGUGUGUCGAGGUACGGCACGCAGAUAUCUCUGGUGGAGAACAUGGGAGACUACGAGCAGAUGCAGGAGUCUUGCGUCAAGGUGUACGACGUUGGACGCAAGAGAGACCACGACGAUGAUGCGGAGGAGGAUGAAGAAGACGACAUAGCAGGAGGCACAGAAAACGAUGGGUCGGACUCGGGGUCGGACAAUGACGAUGAUGAUUUGGCAUCGUCUAUAUUGCGUAACGCAGUGAUGGCCCUGGCGGACGGCGACUCGGCCGACUCGUCCAACGACGACAACCAACAGCGCCCGCGACGCAACGCGCGACGGAGGCGGGGUGCAGACGCGCACAGCAGCGACAGCGACGGAGACGGCGACAUGGAGCUGGGGGACAUCAUCGAAUUCGAGCUUGACUAG